UCUACGGUUCCGGUGGGUGCUAAAGAUAUAAAGAAAGUUGAAUUUCAUCUAAGAGACACUGAGUAAGAUGUAAACUAAUUUUGUUUGCUUUUUAUUCAUUUGUAUUUUGACUCCUAAUCAAUUUUUGAAUCUAUGAUUUGGUGCAGCGACAAUCGUAUUUAAUGUUGUUUAUGGGGUACUUUUGCUGAUCAAAUUACAGCAUAUUGCCAAAAUGCUGGCGAAGAAAAUGUUGUGUUUUUGCUCUGGUUUGGAAAAAUAGGCUUCUAUCGAUAUGAGAAAACUAGCAUCAAAUUCAAAAGAAUUGCCAGAUUUUAUAUCAUACAUACCUGAUUAUUUUUUUAUGCAUGAGAACUUCAAAUGACAAAUGCAUUUGACGCAUCAUCUCUCCUCCUAAACCCUGCCAUACCUGAAGUGGAAGAGUUCCAAAAAAAAAAUUUUCAAAAUAUGUUCAAUUAUUUUAUGCUUUCAUUUAUUCAAAUAAAAAUUAAAGAUUAUGGACACACUAACUUUAUUAUUUUACGUCGAAUUAACAGUUUACCCCAAGAUGGUCUUGCUCUAACUAUCAUUGAACCAAAAGAGAAGUUUGAACAAGUCAUCAAGAAGGGAAUCGAAAAGUGGUCUCAACUUCCAACAAAAUCAGUAGCAGAAAUCCUAAACGCCACUGAGGUUUACGUUGCAUCUCAAGGUCAUGGAAGACACAGGAAAAACAAACUUUUUGCUUCUUGAUAAAACUGCAGAGCCGAUUGUGACACAAUCUGCUGCUCAGCUCCUUAAUGGAUCAUUUGAUGAGAUUGAAGAUCCAGAAGCAAUACCCCAAGCUCUUAAGGAUUUGGUUGGAAAGACUUAUAUGUUUGCAAUUUGUAUUGAGAAGGAGAAUGUUUUAUAUGGAUCAGAAAUCUACAAGUAUUCAAAGGCUGGAAAUGGUCAGGAUCUGAUAAAGAUUGAAUAUGAGUCCGAACAAGACAAUCUUUUAAACAAUGUUGUGUCAAUUGUAUCUGGUGAUGAGGUUUCACUAAUUGGAACUAUCAGUGAUGGAAUUUCUGGAUCACUUUCAUCACAUUCUGGAUCAUUUUGUACCCCUUCUUCUAAGCGGUCAUCAGAAGAUAGUAAUAAUUUACCUGAUCUAAGUUCUACUUCUAAGAAACAAUGCACCAAGAUCAUCAAGGUUGAGAACAUUACAGAUGAGGAGGAAGUGAAACCACAGAUUGCAGUAAAAGAAGAAGAUAAAAAAUAA